AUGAGGGGGACCUACAAGUCAAUUGGGUCCACAAGUGAGUUAGAAGAAUGGUCAUGUAGAGCAAUGAGUAGAAGGCUUGAGUGGCUAAAGACAAGUUGGGGCACACGUGUGUCACUCUCUUCCCACGUCACUCACAUCACCAAGUAAGGAUAUUGUUAAAAGUAGAUUAAAGUGUUUUAAUUAGUUUUAUUAUUUAAUUUUAUUUUUUUAACUUUCAGAAUAAAUAUAGUAUAUAUUGUUAAUUUCAAAAGUCUAAAGUUCAAAUACUUAGCAUAAUUUUUUAUGAUUAAAGUAAAAAAUAAAAAAAUAUAAAAAAUAUCUUCCACCCGCUAGCAAGCCGACACUCGGUAGCUGACCCAAAGGGGGGAUAGUGGUUGACCAGGUAGACCUAGAUUGGGGGAGCCACGAGCUGGGCUCGAGUGACAAAGGCCUCGCUCCGCGCACGUGUGCGUCACUCCCCUUCUAUGUCCCGAUGGCCAACCAGUUGUGGGGCAAGGAGUGCCCAUACACACGUGUGCGCACGAGGGUGAACCACCUUAUUGCCUUCUCCCAAGAUGGUCUUGGGCAUUAUUUUAUUUCGAGAGAAGGGAUCUCUACUGAGGGAGAGAAGCUUUAGUUUAUAUUUGACACAUGUGUCUGAUAUAUUUCUGCUAUGGGACUAAAUGUUUUCAUCUAUUUCAGCGUAGCCAUCUAGAUCGCAGUGCGAUCCUAUAGUUCGCAAAGAGCCACGUCAUCAAAUUAACUAGAUCAUAUAGCUAACGAACAACAACUAUACCAAAUACGUAAAGUGAUCCAUCGGCGGUUCACAAAUCCAAUGUCACAUAGCACGCAUGUAGCCUUAAAAGAUGAUCCGAGAGCUAUGGAGGCGCCAUAAUACUAGGAACUUAAGUUCUCAAUCAGUAGUGGUUCGUAGUAGAUUGAUCUUGCAUCACUCAGCGUGCCACGUACCAAGCUCAUCUGAUCUAGUGGCUCCUAAAAUGCCACGAUAUCAAGAACUUAAGUUCUCGCACAUAUCACCAUUAGGGAUAUACAGACAAUAAUCAAUUAUUGUCUAGUAAAAUAGAUAUUAUCAAUCAUCUUUAAAAUCCCGAGGGUGGUCGCAAAUACGACAAUCCGUUCUUCCCUCUUUUUGCAUGAUCGAUGUCUCUGGCGAUCGGCAAGCUUCUUCUUUCCUUCCCUGACUGCAUUCAAGGCUUCUAGUGAGGAGUCAACUCUUCCCUUCUCCUCUCAGACAAUAGUGACAGUGUGGUUGACCCUUCUUUUGGCAAAUCUCUUCGGCAAGCAGCGCAAUACUUCCGAAUAAUACUUUUGCGACUUCCAGUGUGGUGUGGCACGUCUAGACAAAAUCAAACCAUCACACCAGUGUCUCCAAUUGCCUAGGAGGUAAACUAAACUUGGGUAAUGAUUUAUUUCCUAUUUUCAGUAUUUACUUACUUACUUUUAUCAUUUGUUUACAUUUUACGACAAGUUCUUUCUAUUUCAUACACAUUUUGAUUGAAAUGAGUAUACCUAAUUCAAAUCUUGAUGAAUGAUCUUCAUUCUUCUUCUGAAUCCUCCAAAACUCAUUUGAAAUUAAGCUAAGAUCAUUUUCAACUUGUUUUCUAUUAAUUUUCGUAGUUGAAUCUCAACAUAUUCAUGUUCCCGGUGUUUCGCAAAUAAUGAGUAUUUUACUAUUUUCGAACACAAAAUCACCGAGAUUAAAGGAUGAUUAAUGAGCGUUCAAUAGUUAAAACAAGUUGGAGACAUUCACGGCUGAGCUCAUAUCAUGUGUGUGAAUCCUCGAGCACACAUUCGUCCAAGAAAAUGGGUUGACCGUAUUUCUCUCUUUCUUCAUUUUCAUCUUAUUUCUCUCUCUCCCUCUCUCAUGAGACCUCUCUUCUCUCUCCGUCUCUUGUGAGAUCUCUCCUUUCUCUCUAUGUCUCUCUCUCUCUCUCUCGUGAGACUUUUCUCUCUCUCUAUCUCACGUGGGAUUUCUCUCCUCUGCAUUACUACGACUUACAAAGGACAAAGGACUUUGCAUACCAGAUCUGGUCAACAACUUUGCUCUUCGACUAGAGCCGUGCACCUCUGUUCCUUGCUCACGACAUGACACUUCUGAAGCCCCGAGGAUGAUUCGAGAGCGCCUGUCUUCCUCCCUUAAUCUGCGGCAUCACUCGACAUAGAAGGUUGCCAGAAUUGGAGAGGAGCCCGAAGCCCGCAACAAACAGUUCCCCCUCCUCUUGUAUGGAAACUGAUAGAAGAGAGAGCGAGUGACCUGCGGUGGGGGGGUGUUGGGGGGCUGGGGGAGAGAGAAGGGGGGAGAAGAGGGGAGCAGAGAGUGAGAGAGAGAGAGAGAGAGAGAGAGAGAGAGAGAGAGAGGAGACAGAGAGAAGGGAGGGAGAAGAGGGGAGCAGCGAGAGAGAGAGAGAGAGAGAGAGAGAGAAGGGUGGAGAAGAGAGGAGUAGAGAGAGAGAAAGAGAGAGGAAGCUAGGAGAGUAGACAGAGGAGAAAAGAAAGAGGGGCGGCGGGAGAAGAUGUGAAUUGCUCGGUUGGCAGCAGUUGAACGCGUCAACUAUAUGGGGAUCGAUUGGGAUCUAAGGAACGAAUGGGUGAGGCUCGUGUGGGCCCUAGAAGUUUAAAAGUCAAAGGCAAGAAUAAAUUGAACGGAUGCGUUAUUUCUGAUCAUUUUGUCCUCCCACCACUGCCUUUGAGUCAUACUGAAAGCACCAAGAAAUGAUACACUACAUAGAAGGUGAAACGAGAGGAGUAUAAAGCAUUAGCUCCCAGUAUUUUGACGUUCCAUCGAGUAAAAUUUCAAAGUCAAAUGGUAGACAAAGGUAAUGAGCCGGACAUUAGAUUCAAAGCUGUAACUUUUUCUGGUAUCACAGCCACAAAAAGGAUAAAAGAGCAAAGCAGACAUAGUAAAAGGUUUUAAGAAUACUGUGAGCUUUGACUGGUCCGGAUUUGAGUCAAUAUGAACCCGAUACGGCCUGUUUCCUAGAGGCAGAAAGGCAUGUUUUUUUUCACAAACGAGGACUAGCUUCAAGUCUGACCAAGUCAACUGAGUCAGCAUCUAGUCAUUCGUAGACAUGGUCAUCAUCUUCAUAGUGGGAAAUAGAUAGCCACCAUGUGAAAUGAGAUGUUGGGCAAAGCCAGGAAUAAGAUCGAUGUGAGCAAUCUCUGCGUAAGUCCGUUCUAGCUGAUCAGCUUGAUUUCAGGAUCUUUAACCAAUUAUUGCUUAGUGGGCUCCCAGCCUAGAAAGAGAUGUUAUAAGAGGCUAGGAAACUAAGUCGGAUGUUAAAAGGAAAAAUAUCUCCGCGUUGACCUUGCAAGUUGUCCUUAUAGAACUAGAGAUGGGUGGAAUAUGACGUGCCUAUAUUGCUGUUUACAGGAAGGGAGUGCAUGUGGCGAAGCCCAAUCAUUAUGGACAGAAAAGAAAGUCAAAUUGGAAUCUAGAUUGUCGCACUAUAGUUAUAACAAAGAUGUUAUUAAAAUGAUCAGAAGAGAAAAUCAUUAACUUAAUUACAGGGGCAAACAAUUGUUGAUCCCCGCCUUUGAGAGGGAAUCAGCAAGGGUAUCGUAUUAUCAUACUCUUCGAAACGCCGUUUACGUUACCCAUUUCUUGAUAGCUGGAUUUACAUUUCCUGCGAGAUCACAAGAUACAUUUAAGAAGGAACAGCUUGAUACUCCUCAUCGCCGGAGAAUUUUCACAGUGGGCGUCCAAAAACACCGACGUUACGGCCGCCAAAAAUAUGAAAAAGGGAAUUAGGGUCGGCUUGAUAUUCUUCGCCAAUUUAGGAUCCGUAACGAAGAAAAGCAGCACGAUUCCAGCUAAAAAACCCAGGAACAUGAAAAACGAAUAGCUUUCAGGAGAGAACCAGGAAUUGGAUACUCCAGAGAGCUGAUGUGGGUAAUUGAUGACGCUGGCAAUUCCGACUGCAAUGGCGACUUGGGCGAUCCUCCUAGCACAUCUUAGGUCAACAGGAAAGGGCAUGGCCUAUGCUGGGGAAGCAGAUUUGUGGGAAGGGAGGUUGGGACUCAUUUGAUUGGGUUCUCUCUCCUGAGCUAUAUAUACAUGCCUAGAAAGCUCGUGGAGAGGACCGUGUAUCGCCGGCUGCGUCUCUUUCCCGCGUAGUAGGAAGGGAGCCGCGGAUCAUGAGGGCAAUGGGAGUCGUAAAGAUGAUAGAACCCUUAUAACGCCACAGAAGAUAGAGAAAUCGGGUUUGCGGCGGGAGUGACCAGUUCAAAGUGAGGAGAGCGGAUCUGUAGAGAUGUAAUGAGAGAGAGAGAGAGAGAGGUUCUUUGACGUGGUCCACGCGUUAACAUCGGAAUGAAACUUCCUACCUGUACGUUAGUUAUGACGGAUAUAUAUAUUUCAGGCGCAAGAUAGUCUAAGGCUCGGAAUCCCAUUCACCAACCUCAAACUUCCUACCUGUACGAUUUGUAGCUCUUGACAUUUACUGCUUCGAAAGAGUGUUGUAAGAAGUUUUAAUUUUUUGAUUAAAAAUUUCAUCAGUUAUUUUAAAUUAUCUGUUAAAUAAAAUAUUACUCUAAAAUGAAAAAAGGAUAUAUGUUUAACGUACCUUAACUCUAAAAACUGUCUUAAUGUGAUAUUAGCCGAAUUAAUUGCUGUCCAAGACUAUACAACAUAUAUCAUUGCCCAAGGUGGCACGCCUUAGGAGUGGCUUGCAGCAACAGUUUCUUCAAACCAGAGAAAUAGGCUAUCAAAACUACAAUUUUCCGUCAGUCACAAAGGAAAUUAUCAUGUAUUAAGGUUAUAAUGAGUUUCAUCUAAAAAAAUCUUGUAGAAAGAAACCAUCUUAAUAUUGACAACAUAAAAUGCAUGCCUUUCUCCCAACCUGUGUCCAACAGUAAAUUAUCAUUUCGUUCUAUGCAGUCACCUAAAUUGACUCAAAUGAAUUGCAAACUGGAUAAUAGAAAACCCUGAAUGAAAUUGCCCAAUGUUAAUCCCACAACAAUGUACAGCUCCUAUUGAAAUCGAAAUACUUUGUUGGUGUUUCUGACCUUAACUGAAGGUAUUUUUAACCUUGUUAUCAGUUUUUAUGCUUAUGUUUGUAUACGGUAGGAUUUGAUAUUAUUUGCACCCUGUAACUACCAAUUAAAUUGAAUUACAAAUUAACCAAUUUUAAUCAUUAUCUCAUGUCCCGGACCACAACCACAUUCUCCUAUUUCUUUCUCUCUCUGUCUCUCUCUCUCUUUCUCCAAUGAGGCACCACCAUUAACAAAAACACAUGCCAAGAAUAAGGUUGCCUGUGGCAUAUAGGCAAAUCCUUUGCCAAAUAUCAACUAAAUGGUAACUCAACUUUAUGCCUCAUUCCUUGUCCAUGUUUGGCCUAUGUUGGUCGUGCCCUUGUGAAAGUUGUAUGGGUGUGAUAAAAAUAUGUAAGCUCUCAAUGAAUCAAGGUCAGGUGCAUAACUAGCAAUCUUAUCAUGAGGUUAUGGUUAGUCAAAUAUGUAAGGGGGACUAUUCAUAUGAUCUCUUGAUGACAUUUAAAAAAUAAUAUAUUAAAUCCCAGAUAGUUAGAUAAUAGGAGUGAUUUGCACUUAUUGUUGUGUUUAAAUAUAUAUUAUCUAAUAAUAUUUAUAACUAAGACUUAAUAAAAUAUUAAUAUAAAAGUAAGUCUCAAGUCAAACAUAGGGAGAUUGAUUAAUCCAUUGUGAAAACUAAUUUAGUUUAUAUAUAAAGUGAUUUAAUAUUUUAUCAAUAAUUAACAGUAACUAUAAAAUAUAAGGGUGAGGUGAGAAAAAUAAAAGAAGGGAAGUGGAGAAAUAAAGGAAAAGAGAGAGAAGAGAGAGAGCUCUUACGAAAGAUGAGAGAAGAGAUCUCUCGUAAAGAGAGAGAAAGAAAGAGGAGGAAAUCUCAUGUGAGAGAUAUAGAGAGAGAAAAGUCUCACAAGAGAGAGAGGGAGAGAGAGGGAGAGAGAGGGAGAGAGAAGAAGUAGCCUCAUGAGAGAGGAAGAGGGAGAAAUAAGAUGAUAAUAAAGAAAGAGAGAAAUAUGGUCUACCCGUUUUCACAAUGACCAUUAUUCUGAGAUGGAUGUGUGGUCGAGAAUUCACACACAUGACAUGAGGUCAGCUAUAAAUAUCUCUAAAUUAUUUUAAUAGUUCAACGAUCAUUAAGCAGCCUUUAAUCUCGCUGAUUUUGCAUUCAAAAAUAGAAGAAUAACUGCUAUUUAUGAAACAUUAAGAACCCGAAUAUAUCAAGAUUCGACUGUGAAAAUAAUAAAAAAUAAGUUGAAAAUGGUCUUAGCUUAAUCUAAGAUGAGUUUUGAGAGGAUCUAAAAGAAGAAUGAAAAUCAUUCAAGUUUUGAAUUAGAUCUGGUCAUUCUGAUCGAAACAUGCAUGAAAUAGAAAUAAUUUGUUGAUAAGUCCUCAUUAUCAUGAGUUAAUAAUUAGUAAAUAAUAUAGUUUUAGCCUUAGCUCAUGAUAAAUAGACUUAUAUUUGUGUUAAAGUGUGAAAAGUAGUUUUAGUUGAUUAACGUAAAUUAUUGAUUAAUUAUGUGAUUUUAUACGAAUUUAUAUGAUUUUUAUAAUCUUACUUUUGAGAUAAAUGAAGAAAAAGAAAUAAAAAUAAAAUUAUAGCAAAAUGGGGGGGCACCUGUCAGCCAGCCACACCUGCAAAUGGGUCAAAAGUGCAGUUAGGGAGGAGCCACAAGCAAGGGCUCGAGUGGCUAGGACCAAUACGGGCAUGUGUGCGCCACUGCCCUUCCAUGUCACCAAUGACUAG